AUGGGUGAUGAUGAGGAGCAGAGCCCAGAGAGUCUCAGAAUUAUACUGAUAGGAAAGACUGGAAGUGGAAAGAGCUCUACAGGAAACACCAUUCUAGGAAGAGACCAGUUUAAAGCCAAAUCAAGUCAAACAUCAGUCACCAAACUUUGUCAGAAAGCACAGAGUGAAGUGGACGGUCGUCCGGUCGUUGUGGUCGACACUCCUGGUCUGUUUGACAAUAGUUUGUCCCAUGAAGAGGUUCAUGAGGAGAUGGUGAAAUGCAUCAGUCUUCUGGCUCCAGGACCACAUGUCUUCCUGUUGGUGUUACAGAUCGGGAGAUUCACAGAAGAGGAGAAGGAGACAUUAAAACUCAUCAGGGAAGGCUUUGGGAAGAAUGCUGAAAAGUUCACCAUCAUUCUUUUAACUGGAGGAGAUAAACUAAAGCAGGAUAAAGUGUCCAUUGAAGAAUACAUUGAACAUAAAUGUGUUAAGAAGCUGAUCUCUGACUGUGGAGGAAGAUACCAUGUGUUUAAUAACUAUGAUGAAGAAAACCACACACAAGUCAGUGAGCUGAUAACCAAGAUUGACACCAUGGUGAAGGAAAAUGGAGGCAGCUGCUACACCAAUGAGAUGCUGCAAGAGGCCGAGGCAGCUAUAAAGAAAGAAAUGGAGAGAAUCCUGAAGGACAAGGAAGAAGAGAUGAAGAGAGAGAGGGAGGAGCUUCAAAGAAAACAUGAGGAGGAAAUGGAAGAGAUGAAAAGAAGAAUGGAAGAACAGAGAGCAGAAAUUGAUCAGGAGAGACAACUGAGAGAAAAACAACUUAGAGAAAAAGAGGAGAACAUAAAGAAGGAACGUUCUCAGACCCAGCAGUUGAUCUUCUGUUGA